AUGUCGAGCGCGACAGCAGCGUUGGAGCCGAAGGGCGUGGCGUCGGUGGGGAAGGUCAAGGCCGCGGCGGCGGCGACAACUUCCACCACAGUUGGACACGGCGGCAACAUCAAAGCGGCCCUCCCCAACCCCUUCGGUCGCGGCAACAACCCAGCAGAGGCAGCUCCCAUCCCCAUCGGUCGCGGCCACGGCUAUGGUGACGGUGACGGAGAUGGAGGGGAAGGAGAUUGGCCUCGUCCUCGCCCGAUCUUCAGACCUCGCUCCUGGAUGUUGGAAUGCGGCACCGACGAGUUGUUCCAGCGGCCGCUCGCCGCCCUUCAGGAAGUAUCAGAAGAAGCUAUAAUGGUGAAUUCCAACGCUGGCAAUUGUUUCCAGGAACUUCUGAAGAUAAAUCUGUAUUGGCAAAUGAAUUUUCUGUAG